AUGACUCUCGGCGGCGAUGGGACGAAUAUCAGCGGGAAAUUCAGCAUCGCGACCGCCGCUACCGCUCUUCUGAGAGGUCGCCGGAGAAGCGCUCCCCGCGGGAGGGGUCCCCUCCGCAGCGGACGCCGCGGCCGUCGCCUCCGCGUCGGGGUCGCGGGGCUCAUGCGGGCCGUUGGGAUUCUCGCCGCCGUGAGCAGUCCCCGCCCCGUCCUCAGUCGGCUGGGUCUGGAGGGCGUCGUGGGCGGCGGAAUGGUUAUGCGCGCGGCGGGGGUGGCGAUGUUUCUGCCGCGCGGAGUUCCGACUGCGCCUCUCCCCAGCCGCGCGGGGAGAGAUCCCACGCUGAGCAUGUGCCGGAUGUGGAAUUUGGCGGGGGCGGCUGAGGGGCUGGCGAGCCUGCAGCUGGCGGCGUGUGAGGCCAUGCGUCACACACCGAGCAGUUUUGCUCAAGGGCCCCAAGGACAGUGCGUCGCUUGGGCAGGAGAGAUUGUCCCCCUUUUAUCGCCCGUGUCGGAUGCGCCCGCCGGGGUCACACCAGAGGAAGCCCAGUCGUUCGAGGUCACUGUGUCCCUUUCAUCGCCAUCGAACGCCCUUCCCGCCCUCUCUCACCUUUCUAUUGCCUGUCACACCAGAGGAAGCCCAGUCGUUCGAGGUCACUGUGUCCCUUUCGUCGCCGUCGAACGCCUUCCCCCCUCUCUCUCCCUCUUGCCUAUAAUCGCCUCCCGCCUUUAUCAUCCCAUGCAGGUGACACCAGAGGAAGCCCAGUCGUUCGAGGUCACAGUCACCCUUUCAUCGCCGUCGAACGCCUUUCCCCCCGUCACCCGUGCGUUCAACAUCUCCUUCUGCUCUGCGGGCGAGUUCCUCAAUACCUCCUCGCUCACCUGCGACGAUUGCUUAGUUGGCCACUGGUGUGAGGCGGGGCAGCCCAUGCAGCCCUGUCCGGACGGGUUCUUCUCCUUCUACCCGCGGGCCACCUCCCCCUCCCAAUGCACUCCCUGCACCGACGACAACCUCGACUGCACCUACGGCAUCCUCACCGUGGGGUACCAGAGCUGGCUGGACCUGCAGUCUCUGAAUAACACCCCUACGACGUACAGCUGUCUGGUGGCGGAUGGGUGUGUGGGGUACGAGUACAACGAGCAGUGGGGGCAGACCACUGCCCAGGGAGUCAUGAGGGUAGGGCUGAGGGAGUACCAACAGUGGGGUACGAGCUGGCUGGACCUGCAGUCGCUGAACAACACCCCUACCACGUACAGCUGUCUGGUGGCGGAUGGGUGUGUGGGGUACGAGUACAACGAGCAGUGGGGGCAGACCACUGCCCAGGGAGUCAUGGUUCAAUGCCAGCAGGGCUACGACGAGUCCAUCCCGGUGUAUGGACGGCUACUUCCUCGUGUUGCAGCAGUGCACUCAAUGCUGCUUCUCCCCCUCUGUCUCUCUCACCUUGUCCCCCACAUUCUCUCUCCUAUUCGUGUCCCCCUGUCAACCCCCAACCACAGCACGUGUGCGGGGUGUGUGGACGGCUAUUUCCUCGUGCUGCAGCAGUGCACUCAGUGCAGCAGCACUCUCACGAGGGUUUUCCCACUGCUGCUCAUCCUGGUCAUCCUAGCGUGGAUGGGAAUGAACAUUCUCGCCGACACAUUCAGCAGCAUGGACAUCUUUCUCAAUGAUCUCCAACUGCUAGUCAUGAUCGCCUCUUUCAACCUCAACUACCCUGACCGCUGGGUGCAGACUCUCGUGAAAAUCUACAACUUUGCAGUAUUUGACCCGGUGAGAUGGAAUUCAGAGCUGCUUGUCAUGAUCGCCUCUUUCAACCUCAACUACCCCGACCGAUGGGUGCAGACGCUAGUCAAGAUCUGCAACUUCGCGGUUUUUGACCCGGACGCCAUCGGCCCGCAGUGCAUAUUCAACUACACAUUCAUCUCCAAGUUCUACCUGGGGAUCUUCAUCCCCGUUAUAGGCCUCUUCGUUUACGCGCUGCUGUACGCGCGGCACCGCUGGUGGGGUGGCACCACGUGGAUGCACAUCUACUCGUGGACCCGCGGGCCCAACCCCCAGGCACGCCUCAUGCGCUCGGUGACAAGGAGGAGAGCUUAUAACGAGUAUGAGAACUCGAUCGUGCACGCGUCGCUCAAGUGGCUGGACCUGUGCUACGUCUCAGUGAUGGUCCGCGUGCUGUCUGUCUACAAGUCCAUGACAGUGGGGGACGCGGUGCUGAUGGCAGCAGCGCCGCAGAUCGCAUGGUUUUCAUCGGCGCACAUCGGCAUGUUCACCGUGUCGCUGCUCGUCUCCAUCGUCUACCUCCUCGGCCUGCCCCUCUUCUUCGCCGUCCUGCUGCUCGACGCACACGCCUCCGACGCCCUCUCCUCCAACCUCUUCCGCCAGAGGUUCGGGUGGCUCACGGAGCGGUACAAGCGCGACUUCUGGUGGUGGCAUCUGGUGACAAUGGUGCUGCGCCUGGUUCACGCGCUCGUGCUUGUGUUCCUGCAGCAAGACACUCGCGCGCAGAUCGUGAUCAUCCUCCUGCUCCAAGCACUGCGGAUCGGCUCACAGUACAAGUCGUCGCCGCUCGCCUCACUCUCCCUCGACUAUCUCCAAGCCUUCCUCUCGCUGGGUCACUUCUUCUUCACCCUCGGCCUGCUCUGCUUCAACUACAUCAAACUCCCCGCCUUCUCCCAGGCUGUCUUCGCCCUCUCCUCCCUCCUCAUCCUCGCUCCCGCCGCCUUCUCCCUCGUCUUCGAAGCAAUCAACAAGGACUUAGAAAUAGUAAACCGGCAGCUGUUAAACCGAGUGUGGAAGGGCGAGCGGCGGAGAAAUAAAGCCAAGUAUGACAAAAUGGACCCGUAUGACUUAGUCCCGCCGCAGGAGAUUUCUGCGUGGUUCCGCCCGCACGUCGUCUUCCCGCUUCUCUUAGCUAAGCGCGCGCACGAGCGGAAACUUCUGCUGAAAGUUCGCGACCGCGUGCAGACAUGUAAGCUAGCGGGAAUGGCGCCAGUGGAUUGGGUGAGUCAUCUGAACAAGCCGCAGUUAUACGCGGUCUUGAGAGCAAACAGUGCUCUGCCUUCCAGCACGGUGCAGCACGGCAUGCAUGGUGCUUCUGGUGCUGCUGGUGCUGCUGGUGUGUCGCCCAUACACGGUGUGUCGCCCAUACACGGGGUGUCGUCGUCGCCGUCGCUGGCGCUGCAUGGCAUGUCGCCGCUUGCCCCAGCAGCAGCAGGAGGACCUAGCAUGUCGCCGCUUGCCCCAGCAGCAGCAGGAGGACCGGGUGCGUCCCCCCUGUCUCGUGUGUCGGGUCCUGGAACAGACGUGGAGGGAGGAGGAGGAGAGUCCCCCCUCUCAUGGGCGCUGCAAGGUGGAGGAGGAGGAGCAGGAGGAGGAGGGGCAGGAGGAGCAGGAGCAGGAGGAGGAGGAGGAGGAGAAGGAGGGGGAGGAGGCAUGGAGAAUGGAGGGAUGGGGCAAGCGAGGACAGAGAGCAUCAAGGUGCAUGGGCUGGUGUCAUGGGCACAGGCAGGUAGCGAGGGUACUGGGGGUGGGGAGAAAUUCGAGAGGCUGGGUGGUGAUGGCGCGGAGGGAGGCCAUGGAGGAGGAGGAGGAAGAAAUGGAGGAGGAAUCGAGGUUCAAAGAGAAGGGGAGGGGGGAGUGGAAGGCGAAGCAGGGGGAAGGGGCGGAGGAGGAGCGGGAGGAGCAGGGGGGGAAGCAGGUGGGGGAGAGGGAGGGGGAGAGGGAGGGGGAGUGGAGUACGUGGAAGCAAAGAUGAACAUGGCAGAGCUGACUCUCACCUUCCAGCGCCACCUCUCUGUGCUCGUGAGGGCGGAGAAGACCAAGAAGGAUGGGUCCCUGCGCCUGCUCUUGCAGUCCGAAUGCAUCCCGGAUAUUCUCAGCUGGCUCACCAGCUCUGACUGCGCCCAGGCAGAUCAGAUGCUUUUAAGGGAGCUGGUGCUGGCGGUGCGAGUGGCAGUGAGAGAGUGGCGCAGCACUAUAAGAGACUGGCAGGCUGAACUGGUUUCGUGGUGUGCGGUGCUUUUACCCUGUCAUACACCCAUCAUCCCCCCCAUCCUCUAUGCACCCCCUCGCCCUCCUGUCUCCCUUUCCCUCCUGCAGCGCCCAGGCGAAUCAAAUGCUUUUGAGAGAGCUAAUGCUGGCGGUGCGAGUGGCAGCGUUAGAAGAGACCGGAGGGCUGGACUGGUUCCGCGGCGUGUGGUGCUUCUAUCCACCACUCAACCCUCCUCUCCUCAUGGUCCCAUCCACACUACCCUCAUUUCUCCCUCUCCCUCCUGCAGUGCCCAGGCGGAUCAGGUGCUUCAAAGGGAGCUGGUGCUGGCAGUGCGGGUGGCAGCACUGGAAGAGACCGGAGGGCUGGACUGGUUCCGUGAUGUGCGGUGCUUGUGCGCACCCCUCCCAAUCCCUCCUUUCUCCCUCUGCCUGCGCAGUGCCCAGGCAGAUCAGGUGCUUCAAAGGGAGCUGGUGCUGGCGGUGCGAGUGGCCGCACUGGAAGAAACCGGAGGGCUGGACUGGUUCCGUGAUGUGCGGCAGAGCAGAUCAGAUGCUGCUGAGGGAGUUGGUGCUGUGGUGCGAGUAGCAGCUCUGGAGGAGACUGGCGGACUGGACUGGUUCCGUGACGUGUGGUGCUUUUACCGCAACCCUAAACUCUCCUCUCUCUCCCUUUCCCUGUCCAUGCAACCCACACCACCUCUUCUCCUCUGCAGCGCCCAGGCAGAUCAGAUGCUUUUAAGGGAGCUGGUGCCUGCGGUGAGAGUGGCAGCUCUGGAGGAGACAGGUGGGCUGGACUGGUUCCGCGGCGUGCGCGCCCAGGCGGAUCAGAUGCUGCUGAGGGAGCUGGUGCUGGCAGUGCGGGUGGCAGCACUGGAAGAAACCGGCGGGCUGGACUGGUUCCGCGGCGUGCGGUGCUUCUACCGCAACCGAUUCGCGUUCGUCAACAAGGGGAGAAGCAAGGGGAAAGGGGGGGAUAAGGGGAAGAGCGGGGGGAAAGGGAAGGGAUUGGAGGGGGGGACGGGUGGAGGGGAGAACGGUCAGGCUGGUGGGGGAGGCAGCCAGGCUAAGGGCCUUCUGGGGUGGUUUCAACGAGGUGAUAAGCAGACAGCUGAUGGUGCUGCUGCUGCUGAUUCUGAUGCUGCAGCUCCUUCAUCUAGUGCCUAUGGGAGCAAGGGCAACCUGCUUUGA